UAAAUCAGAGUAAAUCGACGCCUCUACCAUUCUCUUAGUGUCCGACGACAGGCGCAUUUUGCUCGAUAUAAUUGAAGCCUCUGAUUCACUCCGAACGGGAUAUCGCUGGAUACGCCUAGAGAUAACGUUUAUCUGACCAGAGCGUACGAAUAUACGUCCCCUAGCGGAAGGUGCGUCAUGAGCCCGCUAUCUGGCAGUCGCCUGGAUGUGCCUCACGUUUGCACCUGAGCACAGAUCUCGAUUCCAAUGACGGCUCUCGUCUGCAUCUCCUUCAUUCUCUGCUCGCUCGCCGGCUACGCUUCCUCUCAGCAGGAUUCGGAGCGCACUGCCGGGUUUGUUGGCGAGAAAUGCGAGAGGGACAUCGAUUGCAUCGAGAAUGCAUUUUGUCGGUGGCAAGAUGUCUGUCUAUGCGAUCCGUUUUACUCGCCGAGCCUCGAUAAAUCGAAAUGCAUCGCCACUGUUGGCCUGAGUUGCUUGGACAACGUACCGUGUCAAAGCAUAGCGAACGGGGAAUGCAAGCAGAACACCUGCGCCUGCAAAGAUGACUUCUUCCUGGACAGCAAUAAUUCUUCAAAUUGCAUUAGCAGACCCGCUAAAAUUGGCGACCGCUGCCAAGCGAACACCGACGUGUGCCAGGAAAGUUUCAAUUAUGCGUUAUGCAUCAACGAGAGGUGUCAGUGUAUCACGGGAUAUCAUUUCGUAAACGAGACCAGGGUCUGCGUGCAGAGUCGAAUCUUGUACUAUACUUGCUCGCACGACUACGAGUGCUUCGAAAACAAUAAGUAUGCGGACACAAUGGAGUGUAAGAAUCAACAGUGCGUGUGUAAGGAAGGAGAGCGAUGCAAAGGCUCGCUGAUGACGUCCGCCGGAAUACUCGUGGCAAUCGCACUCUUCCUACAACGAGCCGCUCGCUAGUAAAUUAAUGCAUGAGAAAUCCAAUUAUUUCGAUCGAUUUUGCAAUAAUUGAAACAAUUUUGAUGCGCAAAAUUGAGACAACUCAGCGUAAGUUGUAAUUUUCACACUUUCAAUUUUAAUAAUUUAGUUAUCUAUUUGUGUAUCAUUUUUAUAUUGUAUUUGUACUUUUAAUAAAUGAC